AUGCAAGACUGCACCAUCAGCCGAUUCAAUCAAUACACUGAAACGUCUUCCACAUUUGAAGAAAUGUGGAUUAUCGAUUUACGGCAUGGGGAUGAUCGACAGCUUUUGGAACGCAAUCCAAACGUUUACAAAACUCAAAUGCAUUACGCUCUACCGUUCCACUGUGGCCGAGGAUGCGAGAAUCAAUUGUCUCAAGCAACAAAGACCGGACAUGAAGGUGAUUACCAAUAA